GUAAGACUUCAAGUGACACAUUCGAGUUUACUUAGGACAUCUUACUCCAAGUGCCGCCGGGCCACUACGGUCACCGCUUGACAAGAUGGAAUAUAUCACUUUGACCGGAGAGUCUUGCUUCACUUCCUCCGAAGCCCAAAAAUUGAAGGAUCGUGUCAACCAAACGGCACCGACGAAAGUAACUAACAUUAUAGGUUCCUGGAUAUAUUACGCGCAUAUCAAAGGAAACAAGGAGGCUCUUCAAUCCAAACUCCAGCAAUUACUCCCAUUGCCUGACAACUCUGGUCCACCACCUCUAACUCAUAUUGGAUAUACUCGUACAUAUUUUAUUGUACCCAGGAAUAUAUCACCAUGGAGCUCAAAAGCAACCAAGGUCUGCGAAGUUUGCGGCCUUAAAGAUGAGAUCCAUCGUGUAGAACGAGCAAGAUCCAUCACGCUUGGAUUUGAACAUCCUUUCGACAGUGAUGAGAUACCAUUCAAGGACUUGCUAUUCGACCGGAUGACUGAGAUCAUAUCUUCAAAUCAACCAGACCUUGAUUCUAUGUUCAUCGAGCGGGAGCCAUUGCCCCUAGAGGUUGUCAAUAUCUUUUCCGCAGACCAGACGCCAAUUGAUCUGCUCAGAGCAUACAACAUCAAGCAUGGCCUAGCUCUAGAUGAGUCCGAAAUGGAAUACCUAGCCCAAGAAUUCAUGCAGCUCGGACGACCCCCAAAUGAUAUCGAGCUCUUUAUGUUUGCUCAAGUCAACUCGGAACACUGUCGUCAUAAGCAAUUCAAUGCAAGCUGGACUAUUGAUGGCUUAACUAAAGACAUGAGUCUAUUCGACAUGAUUCGACAUACGCAUAAAAAGACGCCCAAUUAUACCGUAUCGGCCUACAGUGACAAUGCUGCCGUAAUGCAGGGUGAGAUAGGGAGCUACUGGGCCCCUGACUACACAACUGGAUCCUGGAGACUCAACAGAGAAGUCGUACAUAUACUAGCUAAAGUUGAAACCCAUAAUCAUCCCACUGCUAUUUCUCCUUUCCCAGGAGCCGCCACGGGAUCAGGUGGCGAGAUCCGCGAUGAAGCUGCCGUCGGGAGAGGAUCGGCUACUAAAGCAGGACUCUCUGGAUUCUGGGUAUCCGACCUCCUUAUCCCAGGCCACCAAGCUUGGGAGGCUGACAUUGGCCGCCCGGCCCACUAUGCGAGCAGUCUUGAUAUCAUGUUAGAAGCACCUAUUGGUUCUGCCCGCUUCAACAAUGAGUUUGGCCGUCCUGCGCUUACUGGUUGUUUCCGCACGAUGUUGACAAACGGUACCAAUAAGAGCGACGAGAAUUCUGAAAAGGCGGCAGAGUGGCGAGGCUAUCACAAACCAAUCAUGAUUGCGGGUGGACUGGGUAGAGUUAGACCGGCACACGCCCUCAAGAACCCAACCGAUGUGCAUGAAGGUGCCCAUGUUAUCGUGCUUGGUGGUCCUGCAAUGCUAAUUGGACUUGGCGGUGGUGCGGCGUCUAGUAAUGCUUCCGGAGAAGGGACCGCAGAUCUCGAUUUCAACAGCGUCCAGCGAGGUAACCCCGAGAUGCAGCGUCGAGCUCAAAUGGUUAUCGACACAUGUGUUGGCCUAGGUGACGCGAACCCUAUCGCUAUGAUACACGAUGUUGGUGCUGGUGGAUUGUCGAAUGCCCUCCCAGAGCUUGUCAAAGACGCCGGAUUUGGGGGUAAAUUUGAACUGCGACAAGUUGAGAGCGCGGAUGGUAGCAUGAGCCCGUUACAAAUCUGGUGCAACGAGGCUCAAGAACGUUAUGUCCUUUUAGUUAACAGCGAAGGGAUGAAUCGAUUUGUGAGCAUAUGCAGACGUGAGCGCUGUGGCUUUUCAGAUGUCGGCACCGUGGUAUCCGAAAAUGAGAGCGGCCCUCCUAAGCUUAUUUUAACAGAUAGGAACGCAAAGGAGAAAACAUACUCGCGACCCAUUGACUUGCCCAUGUCGACUCUAUUUCCCCCAGGCCGUCGGUUGCAGCGCAUAGUUACCUCGAGCAAACCAAUUCUACCAAAGUUCGAUCCAGUUCCUACUUUGAGGGCUGCGUUUGGAGACAAAUUGUCAGAUGCCGAACUAAUCAGAAGCGCCUUGCAGAGAGUUUUCUGGAUGCCGGCUGUGGGUUCAAAGUCCUUCUUAAUUACAAUUGGAGAUCGAACAGUCGGUGGUCUUACUGCUCGAGACCAAAUGGUAGGACCCUGGCAGACUCCUGUGGCCGACGUUGCCGUAACAGCCACGUCAUUCAAUUUGGGAUCGAAAACGAGACAUGGUGAAGCAAUGGCUAUGGGCGAAAAGCCUACUCUUGCACUAAUAUCGCCUGCCGCUUCUGCUCGUAUGGCGGUUGCCGAGAGCUUGAUGAACAUAGCUGCUGCGGAUAUCAUGGGCGAUCUACGACGAGUAAAGUUAUCCGCUAACUGGAUGGCGGCCGUGAAUCAUCCUGGAGAGGGAGCGGCUCUUUACGAAGCGGUUGAAGCCAUUGGGCUUCAUAUGUGCCCACGGUUAGGCAUCAGCAUACCAGUCGGCAAAGAUUCAACGUCCAUGAAGGCAGCAUGGAAGGACCGUGAGACUGAAGAAACCAAGAGCGUAACCGCACCUGUAUCAGUCGUCAUUUCUGCCUUUACCAUAGUGGAUGACAUUCGAAAGACCUGGACCCCACAGCUACGACGCGUGGAGGAAGUCGGAGAGACUGUUCUCAUGUUUGUCGAUCUAGCAAACGGCAAGAAAGCCAUGGGCGGGUCCGCCCUUGCCCAGUCGUUCGGCUAUGUGGGUGACGAGGCACCGGAUGUGCGAGACAUCGACUUAAUCACUGACUACUUUGACGCACUGGCUCAACUUCACCAAAGCGGCGUUGUUCUUGCGUAUCACGAUAGAUCUGACGGUGGGUUGAUUACGGCAGUAGCUGAGAUGAUGUUCGCAGGACGAUGCGGUGUUGACUUGAUGAUGGAUGGAAUUGCCAAAUCAUACCUAGUCGAGGACAUGGUUGAUGCUUUAUUCAACGAAGAACUGGGAGCCGUGUUCCAGGUGCGAGCCUCAGAUGAGAUCAACUUUAAGAGGUGCUUUGCAACUUGUGGCCCACCACCUGGCAUGAUUAGAAAGUUUGGCAGCGUACAGCCUAAAUCAAAGCAAGCGUUGACGAUUCGCUAUGGAGCGGCGCCUCUUGUCAGCCUCGAUAGGAAGGAGAUUCAGCAGUGGUGGACAAAGACUUCAUUCGAGAUGCAGAAACUGAGAGACAACCCCUCUUGUGCCGAGUCGGAAUAUUCGACUAUCCUCGAUCAAACCGACCCAGGUCUCUCUUAUAAGCUCACUUUUGACCCAUCCGACAAGAUUCUGCCAUUGGCUGCCUCUAUCACUGGUUUCUUUGGCAAGAGCCCUCGAGUGGCUAUUCUACGAGAACAAGGUGUCAACGGGCAUGCCGAAAUGGCAUUCGCAUUCAAAGCAGCAGGUUUUGACCCAAUUGAUGUGAUGAUGACGGAUAUAAUUUCUGGUCGCUCUCUAGCAGACUUUGUGGGUUUGGCUGCCUGUGGCGGCUUUUCCUACGGUGACGUGCUUGGAGCCGGACAAGGCUGGGCUAAGUCCAUUCUCAUGCACGAGAAUGCUCGAAAGGAAUUUGUAGAUUUCUUCAAGCGGCCGGACACAUUUGCUCUUGGAGCCUGCAAUGGUUGCCAAAUGUUAUCACGACUCAAGGAGCUUAUACCUGGUACGGAACAUUGGCCCGUGUUCGUAGAGAACACAAGCCAGCAAUUCGAGGGACGAUUAAGCAUGGUAAAGAUCGAGGACAAUUCAAACAAGCCUUCGGUUUUCCUCCAUGGCAUGGACGGCUCGGCAUUCCCCAUUGUCGUGUCUCACGGCGAGGGAAGGGCGUCUUUCUCUUCACAAAACUCUCUACAGGCUCUAAACGAGGCAGGGUUGAUUCCCAUUCGAUACGUCGACAACUACCUGAACGUAACAGAAAAAUACCCAUUCAAUCCUAACGGCAGUCCCGGCGGCAUCGCUGGUGUCAGCAGCGAAGAUGGCCGUGUAUUGGCCCUAAUGCCUCACCCUGAACGAUCAGUAAUGGCAGAUUCCGUGUCCUACGCACCACCUGCUCUUCUUGAAGAGUGGGGAGAAUUUGGACCCUGGAUUAGGAUGUUCAGAAGCGCGAGAAGAUGGGUCGGAUAGAGUAGCUCUUACUAAAGUGAGAAAAGACUCUACGCAGCGAA